CGCGGCGAUGCACAGCGAGGCGUCCUACCUGGCGGUGUACGGCCUGGUGUCUGUGUUGCUGGUCACGCUCGUGGGUGGCUUGCUGUACGUCGCCUGCUCGCGCAGGUACCGCCUCAACUGGUUCGAGAAGAACCUGCUGGAGGCCGCCGAGAAGGGCCACAUCGACGAGAGUGAGGAGGCGCUGGUGGAGGACACUGGAGAGGGCGACAAAUUCUGGGUGCCGCCCAGCCUGCACCGGCAGAACAGCUUCUGCCCCAGUGACGUCAUACAGGACACGUCUGGAGAGUCGAGCCCGUGCACGCCGCAGGGCUUGCCGCUGUCGCCGCAGCACGUACAGCAACAGCAGCAGCAGCAGCCGACGCCGGGAGCGGUGACGCCGGAGGCGCCCACAGUGGCGGGAGCGGGGGCGGAGGCGGGGGCGGUGGCACUGCCGCUGGCGCGCAGCGACAAGCACGUGGUGCUGGCCACGGCGCCUGCGCGGCCACGCGUCUCCUCCAUGCACACCAAGCUGGACCACACCAAGAUAGACACCUCCCUCUACCAGAAGCAGGCGCUGACAACCAGGUCUCCCAGUCUGCCUGAGGAGCCAGUGGGCUCCAUCCAGAUGGCGCUGGCCUACGACCCGGCAGCCGGAAUCCUGACGGUGCGACUUCUGGAGGCGCACGACCUUCAGGCGAGGGACUUCAGCGGCACCGCCGACCCGUACGCCAAGAUCCGCCUGCUGCCCGACAGGGGGAACGUCUGGCAGACGCGCAUCCACAAGAAGACGCUCAACCCAGUGUUCGACGAGGACUUCGUGUUCGAGGUGUCGCCGGCAGCGCUGCCGCGGCGCACGCUGGAGGUACUCCUGUAUGACUUCGACGCGUACUCGCGCCACCACAGCAUCGGCGGCGUGCAGCUGCCGCUGGCGCAGGUCGACCUCUCCGAGAGGCUCACCCUCUGGAGGCAGCUGGGGCCCUGCGCCGACCAGGACGCCAAGGCGGAGCUGGGCGAGGUGAUGGUGUCGCUGUCCUUCCUGCCAUCUGCAGAGCGCCUCACAGUCGUCGUGCUGAAGGCUCGCAACCUCAGAAUCGUCGACGACACCCGGGCGUCCUCUGACCCCUUCGUGAAAGUGGCACUGGUGCAAGGCGGCAAGCGUGUCAAGAAGAAGAAGACGGGUGUCCACCGGAACACAGUGAACCCUGUGUUCAACGAGGCACUCACUUUUGACGUCAGUCGAGAGGCACUUUCAAGAAGCAGUCUUGAGAUUCAGGUGCUGCAUGACAGCCUACUGGGUCCUAGUGAGCUGCUUGGACGUGUAUUGCUGGGCAGUGACUGUGGAUCCUCCACGGAUCGCGCCUUCUUCUCUGAGGCAGUUGCUAGCAAGACAGCAACAGCACGCUGGCUGCAGCUUAGUGAACCUCAAUGAGCCUGAGAACUGAGACACACUAGUAUGGCAUGAAGGGAGCCCACAGCCCAGAAGAGAACAGUUACCAAAGAUCCCGUGAGAAUGUUACCUGUGGGUUUUGUCAAAGUUAAUUAAUUGUGGGAAAUGAGACAGGCUUGUGCCAGCCAAGAAAGGGAAAUUCAUAAAAUUUUUGAUGACCAGCUCCUUCCAAUGUGUUUUGUGACUAGGUCUGCAUUUUGUUCCACCCUAAUGUUGUGAUUGCACUCAUCCAACAAUAUAUCUGUGAUUGAAAAAAUACACUUUCAACUGGUUACACAAACUCCAGUUAUCUUCCAGGAUGUUUAAGGACAAGACCUGCAUCUCCAAGAAACUUUACAUCAUUUCUGAAAGUUGUAUUGAUUGAUAAUUGUGAGUUGAUAAUAGAUGAAUUAAGUCCUUUAAGAUGUAUCGAGAUAAACAACUUCCUUCUUUUCAUAUAAAUAGCUUUGAAAACAGAA